GAUUUGAAACCUGAAAAUGUGCUGAUUACAUCUGCUGGGGUGCUAAAAAUUACGGAUUUUGGGCAGUGUUGCAUUUAUGUGCCGACCGAUCCUGAUCGAAAUUAUGAUUGUCAGGUAGCGUCCAGGUGGUAUCGCGCACCGGAAUUGCUUUUUGGGUCAACGAAAUAUGGACCAAAAGUUGAUGAGUGGGCCUGUGGCUGCAUUUUCACUGAAUUUUAUAAUGGGUCUCCUCUAUUUAUGGGCAAAAAUGACAUUGAGCAAAUUGGAAAAUUGAUGUCAGUGCUUGGCGCACCGAGCGAGCGGAACUGGAGUGGUUGGAGCACAAUGCCUGAUUGUGGAAAAAUUGUAUUCUCGGAUGCUGAACCGCUGGCUGAUUGGAAAGCAGUCGGUAUCGUUUUCUAUCAAAUUUUCAGAUUUUGCAUAAAGUGCAUUAUGCGGUAG